GUGGCAGGAGUGGUCGGUGUGGUUUUGAAACGUUGGUAGAGGAAGAACGUCGGCGUGUCGUCUCAAGCUACUGGUUGUCGUGCAAUGGCAACACCGGUGUCCGUGCUCCGGCUACCGAAAGGCCCAGACUUGAACAGCCGUGGAUUCGACCCCACAUCUCCGCGCUUCAUCGCCCUCUGUCACACUUCCAUUUCUUCCUCAGUGUUGUCGCAGACCAACCACGAUCAACUGCAGGAGGAGCAACAGACCAGAUCUGUGCUGAGAGAGACCUUCCUCAGGUGUCUCCUGUCCAUGACCAAGAAGAAGGUGCAAUUUAACAUGUAUGAGAACGUCAAAGUGGAGGCCACGUUCGGUGCUUCUGACAUCGACGUGCUGAACUUUCAAGUGUCUGACCUGCACACUCCCAUUGGUGUUCAAAAAGAGGCUCUGCUCAGAUGUCAGGAUGUGAUUUCCUUCACGUUUGACUUAUGAAGAUUGAUAUUUCACGUGCCCGUUUUCCAGAUUUCUUUCAUAAAGUUAUGUCUGGGGUGCCGUGCAAACUGUAGUUUUGUUGUCUCAGCACAUGAGGGCGCCAGACUCUUUUUUUUUUUCUACCCCCCAACUGAAUCAACCUUCAAUGUGGAGCAUUUUCAAGAACUUCUUUCUCCACGUCUGUUCCUUUAUAUUGUUAUUUUUCAUGCCUUGCUAAAUUCCUUCAUCUACCACUGAAGUUAUGUUGCACUCAUGUGACUUUUUGUUUAUUUUUGUAAUAAACAAACACCCAAUA